AUGGCGGUGUUGCACGAUCUUCCCCGUGUGCUUGUAACCGCCAGUCUGGCAAACCCGGUUCCGGCCGGCCUCAAUGCUAGAGAAGGGCUGGGCGGCCGGCGCCGGCUCCAACGUAAGAUUCCCAAGGCGGGAAGUUCGCUUAAGCUUGCCAUCUUGUUGAAUCGAACGGACGAUCGAUCCUACGACGCAGAACGAACCACCAAUCUAGCAGCUUGA